ACCAAACGCAUUAGUUUACGAGGUGACAGAUUGUCAUCCAUCAUGCAAUCAAGGUUGUGCCUGCUUGGAUUGUUAGUAGCAGUAGCAGCAGCGCCCGUCUCGGGAACGAUAAUCGUUCCCAAACUGACAGCAAAUCAAGAUUCGCUGGUAAAGCACGUAAUCAAUAUUCUACUGAAAGCUUUCCGAGAUCCAUUCGAGGCGACGUUAAUAAGGCAAAAAGCUUCGUCGCCUGAUGGCGGACUGCUGCACGCAAGUAUAAUCAGCAAGGUUGUCGAGCAACUUCGGGGACUCAUCGUUAUGCAGUUCACUAAUCCGGUAGAUGGAACAUUCCGAAGACCAAACAAUAGAAUUGGCUUUUUGGUGGAUAGUUACGAAGCUUAUGAGUUACUGUUUCGGGAAUUCACGGCCCAACAGAACGGAGCAUCCGGUAAAAUUCUGAUAGUCCAUAGUGGCCGACUUAACGAAUCUAUUGCACGAUUGAUUUUUGACGAUUUGUGGAGACAACAUAUUAUCAACGCAGUGCUGCUUGGGAACACAGAGCUCGGAGUUCAACUAUGGUCUUAUGUUCCAUAUGUGAAGGGUAGUUGUGGUUUAGUAAACUUAAUUCGACUAGAGGCUUCCGAUCCGGCGGAUACACUAUAUCCGGACAAAACCAAAUCUUUCCACGGAUUCCCAUUCAAGGUGGGUUCAUUCGAAACUCGACCUUUCACCAUUAUGCAGUUCUCGGAAAAUGGUACUAGAGAAGUGAGUGGUUUUGAGGGUGAUCUGCUGGAUGUGCUGAGUAAGAGGCUGAGCUUUGAAGUCACGAUCGUGGAACCUGGGAACGGGGAACAGUGGGGUUACGCGUUGAAGGAAAACAGUACCGGGUUGAUGGGAAUGAUUCAAAGGGAGGAGGUGGACUUUGGAAUAUCCUGUUUGGGGAUAUCCGUAGCCAGAAUUAAGAUUCUCAAAGCUGGAAUCGCUCACUACACCACGGCUUUGGUUCUAGCUGUUCCGAAAGGUCGCCGGUAUUCAUCGUUGGAAAAAUUAAUUCUUCCGUUUAAGAAAAAAGUUUGGUAUUUUUUAGCAAUUUUCGUUCUAGGAGCAAUCGUUGUUAUUUGCUUAGUAGAAUACAAAAACGAUGAUGUGCGGAAUUUCGUCUACGGAAGAAACAUACGCUCUCCAUAUCUGAACUUACUCCAAGUGUUGUUCGGUAUUACAAUUCAUUUAACCCCGUCACGGAACUUCGCUCGAACGCUUCUCUUUCUGUGGAUGAUUCACUCGAUGGUGCUCCGCACCUGCUAUCAGGGAUCGAUGUAUCGAUUCCUCCAGAGAAAGUCAACAUUACCGCCGUCACAGACUUUGAAUGAAAUCGACCAAACUGGUGCACUGUACUACGUAGUGGAAUCCGGUGAACGCUACUACGAGGCCUUCCCACAUCGUUAUCAAAGAGUUCGCCAUCUACCGCAGGAGCAUAACAACAUCAUUCGUCGCCUGAAAUGGAUGAUGAGUCAUCCGAGGUCCCCGGAUGUGGUCCAGGGUGCCCUGGAUCACAUAGCCUACCACAACCGGCUGUACCGGAAAAGGGGUGGCUUUCAGCUGAUAUGUCCCGAGUUCAUCUCUACCUUCACGGUCGCCAUCUUCUAUCCGAAGAGGUCAAUACUAAUGGAACAAUUCGAUAACAAGAUCCAGCAUAUUCAAGCUUCCGGAUUAAUGAGCUUCUGGGUUACCCGGUACGGAGAUUAUGACUUCCGAAGGCCCAAGAAAACCCCGAGACCGAAACGUUUGAACAAUAGAUAUCUUGUCUUUGCGUACCAAAUGGGCGCAAUCCUGCUGAUCGCUAGUGGAGUUGUGUUUUGACUGGAACUAGCUUCCAGCAGGGUUAGAGCUCUUAGGUCAGUGCUGGAUAGAUUUAAUCAUGCAAAUAAA